ACCCGCCCGGCACCGGCUCCAGCGGCUGAAGUUGCCGAAGUUGGGGUGGCUGCGAUGUCCCUCGCCCGGCGGGAGCCCUGACGGGCGCUGCCCGUCCCGAGGCGGCCUGGCUUUGUUGGGUUUUUGUUGAUUUAUUUCCUUUUCGUUACUGUUUUUCUGCCCUCCCGCCGCGGUGGAUGGCCCGCGGUGGGCGCCGCUGGCCGCGCCGCCCCAGCCCGGGGAGGAUGGUGGCGGCGGUGCUGGCCGGGCUGUCCCUGCUCAGCCUCCUCACCUGCGGCUACCUGGCCUGGGGCAGCCGCCGGGGAGGUGCCGGGGAGGCGCCGGGGGACCUGCUGGGAGAGGAGCCCGCGGCCGGCGCCCCCCGCUCGCAGCCGCACAUCAUCUUCAUCCUCGCCGACGAUCAGGGCUUCAGGGACGUGGGGUACCACGGGUCCGAGAUCCGGACUCCCACGCUGGACAAGCUGGCUGCCGAAGGGGUCAAGCUGGAGAACUACUAUGUCCAGCCCAUGUGUACACCAUCCAGAAGCCAACUGAUCACUGGAAAGUACCAGAUCCACACGGGACUGCAGCACUCCAUCAUCCGGCCGACGCAGCCCAACUGCUUACCUCUGGAUAACGUCACGCUACCUCAGAAGCUCAAGGAGGUCGGGUACUCCACGCACAUGGUGGGCAAGUGGCACCUGGGCUUCUACCGCCGGGAGUGCAUGCCCACGCAGAGGGGCUUCGACUCCUUCUUCGGCUCGCUCCUGGGCAGCGGCGACUACUACACCCACUUCAAGUGCGACAGCCCCGGGAUAUGCGGCUACGACCUGUACGAGAACGACAACGCCGCCUGGGACCACGACAACGGCAUCUACUCCACGCAGAUGUACACGCAGAAAGUGCAGCAGAUCCUGGCUUCUCAUAACCCCAGGAAACCCAUAUUCCUCUACAUUGCCUACCAAGCUGUCCAUUCGCCUCUUCAGGCGCCGGGCAGGUAUUUUGAGCAUUACCGCUCGAUAAACAACAUCAACAGGCGGCGGUACGCAGCCAUGCUGGCCUGCUUGGAUGAGGCCAUAAACAACGUGACCCUCGCUCUGAGGAAGUACGGCUACUACGAGAACAGCAUUAUCAUUUAUUCUUCUGAUAACGGCGGGCAGCCGAUGGCCGGAGGCAGUAACUGGCCGCUCCGAGGAAGCAAAGGCACCUAUUGGGAGGGAGGUAUCCGCGCUGUCGGGUUUGUGCACAGCCCCCUUCUGAAAAACAAAGGGUCUGUAUGCAAGGAGCUGGUGCACAUCACAGACUGGUUCCCCACGCUGAUCACGCUGGCGGAGGGGCAGAUCGAUGAAGACAUCCAGCUGGACGGCUACGACGUGUGGGAGACCAUCAGCGAGGGCCGGCGCUCCCCGCGGGUGGACAUCCUGCACAACAUCGACCCCAUCUACACCAAAGCCAAGAACGGCUCCUGGGCUGCCGGCUAUGGGAUCUGGAACACUGCCAUCCAGUCUGCCAUCCGAGUGAAUCACUGGAAACUGCUGACGGGAAACCCGGGCUACAGCGACUGGGUGCCUCCGCAGGCCUUCAGCAACGCGGGUCCCAACCGCUGGCACAACGAGCGCGUCUCCUGGUCCGCCGGGAAGACCGUGUGGCUCUUCAACAUCACAGCCGACCCCUACGAGCGCGUGGACCUGUCUGCCAGGCACCCCGAGGUGGUGAAGCAGCUGCUGCGGAGGCUCUCACAGUUCAAUAAGACUGCGGUGCCCGUCCGGUACCCGCCCAAGGACCCUCGCAGCAAUCCCAAGCUCAACGGAGGAGUCUGGGGGCCGUGGUUUAAGGAGGACGAAAAGAAAAAGAAAUCAGACAAAAGCAAAGGUGCAAAUAAGCAGAAGAAGAUGAAGAAGAAGAAGAAAGCCAGUCGGAAAAAGGGGCAGUCGUUUCACUGCCGGUCACGUCUUGCGGGUGGGUAAACUCCAAGCAGGCUCCUUGGCCAGGCCUGAGUCAGCCUGGCCCCGCUUCUUGAACUUGUGGUGGAAUAGACUAGAAAUGCCAGUUCUGCACUAUGAAUGAAAGUUGUCAUCUUUUAAUUUUGUCUCUGAUUUCACCAGCACAAGAUACCUGAGCACUCUGAGUGACCAUGUGACAGACUUUCUCCUCCAUAGGAUGAAUGGUCCUCACCCAUCGCCGGACACAUUCCAGAGAGCAACAGCGAUAGCAUCUUGUUUCAGGAAACUUAGCUUUGAUGGACAAAUGAUGGUUCCUUGCCUUAAUUAGCUGGAAUCUUUGGAGAGCAUGGAGAUGUUAAUGGCAGAUGUUCUCAAACUGACAGAUGGUUCAGAGGGAGAAAGGAGAAACAAAACCCAAGAACCUCUGUGUGUCAGUAAGUGUUAGUCAUCAGCCUAGGACAUGUUUUGAUACAACACAGCAAAAACUGAAGCCAUCAGGGUAACUUCGUAGAGGUGCUGGGGAGGGGGGCAUGAUAGGAGGAAAGCUGCUUUAAAUUAGAUUUUGUCCAUCUUAUUUAAAUCUGAAAUAUUUUUAACUUUUCCUAGGUGUGCUGAGCUCCCCCCAUUUGCAUGGUUUAAAGCACAUGACCAACGAGCACAAGCCCCGUGUAAUUUAUUACAGGUUAGACAAAAACACAUCACUAAAGUGAAUGUAAUAUUUAAAUACUUUAAGAUAACUAUGCAACAAUAUGUAAAAUAGAUAAUUUAUUCUACAGCACAAUCCUUAUUUCUCUUCCAUUAAAAUUUCCUGGCUGAUGCAAGGUACCCCUCUGGGUGCCAGGGUUGUUUGGGUUCUUUUAACGCUGACUUUUUAAAUUUUAUUUCCACCCUGUCAUUCAGAGUUUAUUUAACAGAUUCAUAUCCUCAGAGUACUGUAAACCAAGGAAAUACUGUAUACACUGCUAGGAUGAGGAAGGAGAACAAUUCAGGUGCGUCACUGCAUUAUGCAUUUGCCUUCAGUGGUUUUGAAUGUAACAAAGGGUUUAUUUAAUUUAGGAGUCCCGUGAAUAUUGUUCACUUUCUGUACAGAAGCUAGGCCAUCUUGAUGUUCGGGGGGAAAAUUCUACUUUAAACCUUUUAUUUAUGCACCUAUUAAAAUAGUUUAUUUUUAUGGCAUUCAUAAAAGUGGUCUGCCUCUUUUUUUGCAUCCAAAAUAGCAAUUCUGGCCCAGUUUGUUUUAAACAAACUCAAGUAAGCUGUUUCAUUACUAUGACUUUUGGUACAGGGAUGUUUUAUGAUAUUUUGCUUCUGAAACAGAAUUUCUUCUCCCAAUAUAUAUAUCAUUUGAGACAUGCUUCAAAGUUU